CUCCUUCACUUUUUUUUUUUCUUGUACUGUUUUACUUUUUUUUUUUAAUCCUCAUGGCACCUAUUACGAAACGAAAGCGAGAAACUGCGACUACUUUGGAUUUUAAGGAUGUACGACAAAAAAUCCGUAGUUUGGAAGCUGGCUUGAAUGACAAGAGUAAUCUCAACAAUAUUGUCGAUUUGAUAGCAUUUGCUCAACCUGAACAACAACCUAAAGUUAUUCAUGCCGCGAUCUAUGCCCUUCAUCGUGUAUUUACUCAUUUUCUCAGUCAAGGAGAACUACAAAAGGAAACUUUAUCGACUUUAGCCAACAACAAGAAAAAGAAAACAAUCAGUGCUAUGGAAAAAUAUCAACAAGAACAAAAGGACAACAACAACAAGGAUAAACCGUUAUCAGCGGCUCAAAAAGUGACUUUGUGGCUUCGAGAACAAUACCAGGACUACUUAGAUAUUUUACGGACACUUAUUGAUAAUGAUGAACCUGGGUUACAACUUCCUGCAAUGAAUUUGACGAUGGCCAUGGUGAGGUCAGAAAGUGAAGCAAAUCAGCGGUUUGCCAAAUCAAGAUCUACUUUUGCCAAUCCACUCUUUGGUCGUAUGGUCCAUGCUAUGCUCACAAGUAGUCAUUUUAUUGGUCCUCUGCAAAAGGAAUUUGUGGAUAAAUAUGUCAAUGUGUAUGAUGAUGUACGAUUUUACUUUUUCAAGGAUUGUGCGGAAAUCAUUGACAAGGCUCUAUUGGUAAACAAGCAACAACAAAAAAAUGGCAAACGACAAAAGACAACGAAUGAAACACAACUUAGAACUGAACUUGAUCAACUUUUAAUCAACUCAUUCAGUGUAGCAGAAUUGAUUACUUCUAUGCCUACCGAAUCUUCAGAACUUGAUGAUUUUUGGUCUUUACAUCCCAAUUCUAGAAUUGAAGACAACAACAAGGAUGGAAAUAUGGAUGAUAUGGAUGCAGUCCUUGGUGGAUCUUUAUCGGAUGUGGAAGAGAACGAUGAUGAUGAAAAAUCUGGAAAAAAGGUCUUACCUUCAUUACUUCAACUCAAAGUACACAAACGGGAAUUUUCCAAAGGUUGGUUGGCUAUCUUACGACUUCCCAUGACUGAAGAAUAUUAUCGACGGGUCUUAUUGAUUGUACACAAGAGAAUCCUUCCUCAUUUGAAUGAACCUCGUUUGUUAAUGGAUUUUUUGACAGAUGCUUAUAAUGUGGGUGGUGCUAUCAGUUUAUUGGCAUUAAAUGGUAUCUUUACAUUGAUUACCGAACAUAAUCUUGAUUAUCCUGACUUUUACCAUAAACUAUAUUCUUUACUGGACCGAAAUUUGUUACAUAUGAAAUACCGUUCUCGGUUUUUCCGAUUGUUGGAUAUUUUCUUGUCAUCAGCAUAUUUGCCUGCAGCCUUAAUCGCUGCCUUUAUCAAACGACUAGCACGACUUUCACUCACAGCUCCUCCAGCCGCCAGUGUGAUUAUUGUACCAUUUAUUUACAAUUUGAUGAAACGUCAUCCCACUUGCAUGAAAAUGAUCCAUAGUCAAUCAGCGACACCUUCCACCGAUCCUUUUGAUUUUGACACUUUAGAUCCUUAUCAAUGUCAUGCCAUCGACUCGUCAUUAUGGGAACUUCAAACGCUUAGUCAACAUUAUUACGCUAAUGUCUCUACUCUUGCCAAAAUUUUUACCGAACAAUUCCUCAAACCAAAAUACAACCUGGAAGACUUUUUGGAUCAUACUUAUGCUACGUUCUUCAAAACUGAAAUUGAACGAAAACGAAAAAAGACACCUGCUUUGGCCAUUGAAAAACCAACGGAAUCUGUGUGGAGUCUUUGAAAUAGUAAUUAUAGAUUAGAUAGAUAUCAUAUUCAAUAAAUAAUUUAUUCAUCAUCAUUGUACACAAAAAAUAAUAAUAAUAAUAAUUAUUCGACAAAGAAAUCA